AUGAAGAGUAAUCGUCCCAUUCUUAUCUUUCUUGUUCUCCACUUUCUUAUUCACCUUACCCAUCCAUUAUUCUUCAACCUCACAGAUUUUGGCAGUCAUGUAAACUGGUUAGCCUAUCAAGGUGAUGCUGAGCACUUGGCUACAGGUUUUCAACUCAACAAGCAAGAUAAACCCUGCAGCGUUGCCCGAGCCACCUAUAUUGAACCCCUCUAUUUGUGGGACGACUCCACCAAGACAGUUACAGAUUUCACAACACGAUUCUCGAUCACCACCAUCGGUCUCGAAGGCAAUGACUAUGCUGAAGGGAUAGCCUUUUUUCUUGCUCCAGUGGGAUACCCGAUCCCGCCAAAUUCGUGUGAGUACCUGGCAUUGAUGAACUCAUCAAAUUUAAUUCUCGGCAAUCCGAGUCCUGUGGUCAUGGUGGAGUUCGACACACACGUGAAUGAUUGGGAUCCGAAAACUGAGCACAUUGGGAUCAAUAACAGCUCCAUUAGAUCAGCGGCUACAGCCAAAUGGGAUAGAGACAAGGAAAUUGAUGACGAAAUUCAGGUCUUGAUUACUUACAAUGCUACAAUCAAGAACCUGACAGUGUUCUGGGCAUACGAGAAAAGACUAGAUUUCAGGCCAGAUUCUUCGCUUACUCACCACAUUGAUCUGACUGAGGUUCUUCCCCAGUGGGUCACGGUUGGAUUCUCAGGGUCAACGGGACAAGGGACAGAGGCACACUUCAUUAACUAUUGGACAUUCAACUCCACCUUGGAGCAACGUGGAGUAAUAUCACCAGAACCAAAACCGACGCCAGCUCCAACCAAGAAAGAACGUUUCCGCUUCAGAAAGUCGCAUUUCUUAGUGUCUACUGCAGUUUCUCUCUGUUCUCUGUUGCUUGGUGGUGGUUUGUCUUUGUUUCUACUGAUGAAGUGGAAAACCUGGAAGAAAACCAGCGGAAAGUCGGCCACUUCUUUGAAUACUGAUCUGGAGAGAAGAGCUUUACCAAAGAAGUUUACUUAUGCGGAGCUUUCUACGGCUACCAAUGGGUUUGCAGAUGGAAGGAGGCUAGGCGAGGGAGGUUCAGGACUUGUCUACAGAGGGAACUUGAGCGAUUUAGACCUCCAUGUUGCAGUUAAGAGAAUCCAUGCACAAUCUGGAAACUCUGGGGAUCUGUUCAUCAAUGAAGUGAAGAUCAUAAGCCGGGUAAUACACAGAAACUUGGUUCCAUUCAUUGGAUGGUGCAAUGAGCAAGGUGAAUUCUUACUAGUCUACGAAUAUAUGCCUAAUGGCAGCCUCGAUUCUCAUCUCUUUGGUAAUGGGAGAACCCUGCAAUGGAACUUGAGAUACAACAUAGCUCUUGGCUUGGCCUCAGCCCUCCACUAUCUCCAUGAAGAGGUUGAGAAAUGUGUCCUUCAUAGAGAUGUUAAGCCAGCGAACAUACUUCUCGACAUGGAUUUCACAGCAAAGCUAGGCGACUUUGGGAUCGCCAAACACAUAGACACACGGUUUCCGUUCCUCAUGACGAAUCCUGUGGGGACUCAUGGUUAUGUGGCUCCUGAAUACCUAGCAGAUGGCAAGGCAAGCAAACCUGCUGAUGUGUUCAGCUUUGGGGUUGUGGGUCUGGAACUUGCUUGUGGGCAGAGGAAUUACAGAGAUGGUGAUCCUUUGCUCUUGGUUAAAGAGGUUUGGGCACAUCAUAAAAAUGGGAAUGUUCUUGAUGCUGCCGAUGGGAAAUUGAGGAUGGAAUUUGAUAGCAAGGAAAUGAGGUGCUUGUUGAACGUGAGUUUAUUGUGUACUCACCCUACUGAAAGUGAAAGGCCCUCAGCUGCUCAGGUUAUCCAGUUUCUCAAGUUCGAAGUGCCGAUGCCAGAGCUGCCUCGGAUGAUGCAUGAUCCUGUAUUCCUUUUCCACUUGGAUGCCACUGAAAGAAGAACAAAGUAA